CCAAAAACCCAAAACCCUACUCCUACUCUAAUAAGACAAUCUCUUUCGUUCCACUCCCUGCAUCUCCAUCUAUCUCUCAAAAGAGACUGAACUCUCAUCUGCAUCUCUCAUCAAUACAUCUGUCAAUCCACCCCGGAAGUUAUCAUUGAUGGCGAACUGAUGCUCACUGGUGGUUCGACGAUGGCGGGGCGUCAGAAGUGCAAUGGCUCGGCUUCUGCGCACAACAGAGGGUUUAUUAGUAAGAGCAAGGGAAAGAAGGAAGAGCCGAAGGCUCAUAAUCUCCGCGUGCAGAGCGCCCUCUUGAGUGCGGACUUCAUCCUGAAGAAGGUGUUCCGCAAGGAUGGCCCUCCGCUUGGUGUGGCGUUCGAUUCCCUUCCUUCACAAGCGUUUCGCCGUUGUAAGAAAGAGCUCGCUAUUUUGGUCAUGCUUGGAAUAGCACACGGAAACGAUUCUGCUAAAUUAUUUGAUAAUCGAGAUGAAGAAACAACUGAUAUCCAUGCCAGGAUUUGAACUCUGCACCUUCUUUGUUUUGGGCUCUCUCUCUCUCGGGUGGGGUUUAGCGAAUAGCAAGUGACUAAAGGUCCAAGAAUUCUCAUCGCUCUUGCCAAGAAAACCAAAGAGCACUAAGGGGGAACAAGACAUCCAGAAAUUGUGAUCAUUCCUGUGAUGAAAAGCAAAGAGCAGUCAAAAGGAGAAAGGUUCCCGAACCUACGCUCUUUGACUAUCAAGUCUGCAACAAAAAGAGUGCUGCUGUGAAGAAACAUGGUAUCGGGAAAGGUUUGAUGACUGUUUGGCGAGCAAUCAAUCCUGAUGGUGGAGAUUUUCCUACUGGUGUUAAUUUUAAUGGAGAGCCUGCCCCUUUCCAGAUUUCUGAUUCUGCUUCCAAAAAACCAGUUGUUCAAGAGAGAAAAUCACAAAAACGACAACCUGUGGUGAGAAGAUUUGGAAAAGUAACUAAACUACAAGAGAAGAAGAAACCCCUCAUAAAUAGAAGAAAGGUGGAAGGCAAUAAUGGUGAGAAGCAAAAGCAGCCACCCAAAGAAAAAUGUGAACUUGCUUUAGAAGGAGUGAGAUGCCAAGCAGAUCUUGAAAAUUUUGCCAUGCUAGUUGAUGAUGAAGAGUUGGAGUUAAGAGAACUACAAGCAGGACCGAAUCCACUAACAUGCUCGGCUCAUUUUGCUACCAAUGGGUUGCAUAGUUGUUCCCUUUGCAAAGAUUUGCUGGCUAAGUUUCCACCAAAUUCUGUCUUGAUGAGGCCACCGCUCCAUAUGCAGCCAUGGGGUUCUUCAACAGAGAUUUUAAAGAAAUUGUUUAAGGUCUUCCACUUCCUUUAUACUUAUGCUGCUAUGCUCAAUAUAUCUUCCUUCACCCUGGAUGAAUUUGCUCAAGCAUUUUGUGACAAGGAAUCAAUGUUACUUGGGAAAGUUCAUCUGGCCCUUCUCAAACUUCUUCUAUCUGAUGUUGAAAUGGAGCUUAGUCGGGGAACUUUUCCUCAUGUGAGCAAAAAUGGCAAGUUCCUCGAGUUACUUCACUCAGUUGAACAUCAAAAUUCCAUUCUGGAGUUCUGGAAGAAAUCUGUAAACUCUUUGACAUGGGCUGAAAUAUUGCGUCAAGUAUUUGUAUCGGCUGGUUUUGGUUCAAAACAUGCUAUGUUGCUGAAGGAAACUCAUAACAAGGAAGUUAAUUGGAUGGUAAAGUAUAGCUUAAGUCCUGGUACAUUGAAGGGUGAACUGUUCAAUAUAUUGUCCGAGAAAGGAAAUAAUGGAAUGAAGAUUUCUGAUUUGGCCAAGUGUUCAAAGAUUGUGGAAUUGAAUCUUGCUGCCACUGCGAAUGAACUUGAACGCCAAAUAUGCUCUACACUUUCUAGUGAUAUUACCUUGUUUGAAAAGAUCUCAUGUUCUGCAUACCGUCUACGCUUCCAUUCCAUCACGAAGGAAGCUGAAUUUUUUGAAUUGGAUCCUGGGGACUCUGGAAGCGUUGAUGAUGAUUCUGAGGAGAAUGACAGAUACAACAGUGGUGAUGACUCUGAGCAUGAUUCAGGGACAUCAGCUCUGAGUAAAUUCAAGCGCGAUGGUCAUUCUAGGAAUGAGACUAACAUUUUGAGUGUACACACUGAAAUUGAUGAGAGCCAUCCAGGGGAAGCAUGGUUGUUGGGACUCAUGGAAGGUGAAUAUUCAGAUUUAAGCAUUGAGGAAAAGCUGAAUAUGUUGGUGGCUUUGGUUGAUCUCCUUAGUGCUGGAUCCAGUGUCAGAAUGGAGGAUCCCAUGGUACCCAUUGCAGAGUGUGUGCCUUGCAUCAAUCAUUAUGCUUGUGGAGCAAAAAUAAAGCGGUCAUCUCUGAAACAACAAAAGUUGCCAACUCCAUUUGGACACUCUGGACAAAUGCUUACUAUAAAAGACACAGACAAAACAUCUGGGUUUAAUCCUGUUGAUUCUUCAACAUGUAUCUCUAAGUUUUGUGCAAAGGCUAAAUCCUGUAGUCAAAGGAAAGAUGGGAAAGACAUGGAAGUUAAAAACGAUUUACAUCCUAUGCAGUCCAUCUUUUUGGGUUCUGAUCGUAGGUACAAUAGGUACUGGCUUUUCCUGGGCCCUUGCGAUGAAUAUGAUCCAGGACACAAGAGGAUUUACUUUGAAUCUUCAGAAGAUGGUCACUGGGAGGUGAUUGAUACUGAAGAGGCUCUCUGCACCUUAUUGUUGGCUUUGGAUAGUAGGGGUAUGCGGGAGGCACAGCUUCUUGUAUCUUUGAAGAAACGAGAAGCAUCUCUGUGCCAGAGAAUGUCCAAUAUUCUAGUUGAUACUGAAAUUGGGCAACUUAGCUGCUCUGGUCAAUCGGGACCGAAUAUUUCCAGGGAAGACAGUUCUUCAGCUGUGUCUGAUGUAGAUAACAAUCUUUGCCUGACUGAGGUAAACAAAGAUUUCCUGGCUUUGUCUACUGUUGUAGUUCUUGAGAAGGGGAGCAAGGAAGAGCUGCAAAGACAAUCAUGGAGUCGUCUGCAAGCAUUUGAUGCAUGGUUAUGGAAUUCAUUUUAUUCUGAUCUUAAUGCUGUUAAAUAUAGCAAAAGAUCUUAUCUUGAUUCACUUACUAGAUGUGAAUCUUGUCAUGAUCUUUACUGGCGAGAUGAGAAGCACUGUAAGACUUGUCAUGCCACAUUCGAGCUUGAUUUUGACUUGGAGGAAAGAUACACCAUACAUGUCGCCACAUGUAGAGAUAACAUAAAGACUGAUAUAUUCCCAAAGCAUAAAGUUCUAUCAUCACAGUUGCAAGUGCUCAAAGCUGCAGUGCAUGCAAUAGAGGCAGUUAUGCCUGAAGGUGCAUUAGUGGGUGCUUGGACUAAAUCUACUCAUAAACUAUGGGUCAAACGACUAAGACGGACAUCUAAUCUGGCAGAGUUAUUACAGGUUCUUGCUGAUUUGGUUGAUGCCAUGAACAAGGAGUGUUUUCCUCAAUGCAACUUUGAUAUGGGCUCUAAUUCUGUUCUGGAAGAAAUCAUUGCAAGUUUUACAACUAUGCCUCGAACUUUAUCUGCAAUUGCACUUUGGUUGACACAAUUGGAUACUUUGGUUGUUUUCCAUUUGAAAGGCUCGUGCUGAAAAGGUAGCAUCUUUCUAAUCUUUGGGGAAGGAUUUUAUUUUUCUGGCGACUGGACGAGAUUACUUGCAUUUAUACUGGACACAACUUUGGUAUUCUUCAUUAUUCACUUCUACUUGGAUAUCCAUGUGCGUACACCAUGAGCCGUGCACCACAUCAAAAUGAUCGUUGCUGGUCAAUUUAACCGUUACAAGCUUUCUUGGUUUUUGCUGAGAAGCACCAGCACUAUACGGGAUGGGGGGGAGCAGAGGUCAGGUUCUACGCUCAAACAAUUUUUUAGAAGUUCCUCCAACCUCUGGGUGGUUUGAGGGGUUAGAUACUGUACAGCGUGAGGUUGGUUUUUGCAAUAAAAUCUACAAUUUUGUUGGCCACAACAGUCACCGUAAUCCUUUCACCAUAUGUUGUUGGCCACAAAGUCCACAAUUUUGUUGACUUGUGAAGUCACCAUAAUCCUUGUAGAAAAGACUGUCAUGGCACUAUGUUCUGAAAUUUUGUAUUCAUUUAAUGAUCUCACAAGGUCCAAAGCUGUUUCUAAUUCUAUACUUUGUACAUAUGGCUGUUAACCUCGUAUUAUAAUUGGUAGAACAACCAAGGUAAUAUUUUCGCACCUUAUUUUUUGCUGAUGAGCUAUGGUGUUACAUUGACUUGUGACCCUGCAUGUGGAAUUUGUGUGUGUUCAUUUCCCAGGGGGAAAAAAGAGGCACUGAAAUGAGAACAGAUACUAAUGUAAUGGAAAAUGGUAGCAUUUUGUUGUUGAUGUGUCUGGGAGUUUGUGAAAACAGAUACUAUGACUGGGUAAUGCGCGCUCAGGCCCGAAUUCGUUCUUUAUAAUAUCUGGGAUGAUUUGGUUGGGUCUAGACAAUUUACCCCAGAAUUCUGAUUGAAUUGUGUAUCGUUGCCUUCACAACAUGUAUCCACGAACAGGUGUCGGCGAGAAAUAUUUUAGAUAUUUUAAUACAAAAUAGAAGCUGAUGUCAGCUGUUGGAUUGCAUCUUAGCUAGCUACUAGCGAAAGAGGCGGUGACUGGUACUGACAGCUGUUGGAUUCAUCCUCCAAUUUUCUAAUCCGCUGAUCUACUGAAUUGCUUGCUUAGCAACUGAGAGAGAGGGGCUUAUGUAAUUUUUCACGAACAGGUGUAUAUGUAACCUUUCGAUUCAAAAAGAAGAAAAAAAAAAAGAAAAAGAAAAAAAAAGAAAGAAAACCAAUCCAGAAUAUCAUGGUUAGAAAUUCACAAUGGGUUUGAUCGAUGUGGUUCGCCGUGUUUAGAAAAGUCACAUCACAUGGCCAAAA